GUAGCUGACUACCACGACAAUCCCUCCCAGACGAGAAUUUUUCAUGUCCCCUCCCGCCGGCCCUACACGGUGCUACUGGUCGCUGCUCUCUGGCGACUUGCAGUUCAUCUAUCUCGACCCGGUGCUGCAGUACCACCUAGCGGAUCAAGCAGAAGCCUUGGCGGGCAAAUCGCUGCUCGACUUUGUGCAUCCAGACGAGCAGUCAUCGGCCAAGCAUGAUCUCGGUACCGUCCUAGAGAGCCGGACGCUGCAUGGGUCAGUGACGCGAGUGAGGUUCGCAAGGCUCUCCAAGAUUCGUCGCGACCUGGGGUACACGGGCCCCGCAUCCGACUUUCCCGCGGCAGACAAAAUCGCUGUGGACGCCAACUACAUGGCGGUCGACGUCGUCAUCAACUGGGCGGCCGAGGGCCUCGUGCUCUGCUUCAUUCACGCUAUCGUCGACAUCGACCCAGCAGCGGACAACGACCAGACGAGCAAAACGUCCUGGUCGAAUUGGUGCGGCACCCCUGUACUGAACUCGGAGCAAGUCCAGAUGCUCUUCAAGCGACUCCUCAUGUGCGCACCACAGACAGCACCGACAGCACGGGUCUUCCAGAUUCUUAACAACAACACUGCCAAAGAUCUCGUCAUCUCUUGGCCACCCGCCGACCAGCCCUCAACUCGCGAGUUUGCCCGUCUCGCCAACGACAUCAACGUCAACGUCGUCAACACCGACGCCAAGACCUCUUGUACACGCAGAUUCAAGUCGGCUCAGCUCGUGCAGGACGUCGGCCACGUCGAGAGCGUCUUCAUUCCGCAUGGCAGCGUCAUAUUUGCAUGCCACAAAGUUGAUUCGCCCCCUAACUCUACCAUGCCUUCUUCCUACGACCACCACCACACUCCGUACGCUCUGCCUGGUGCUACCAAUGCUCCCUAUUAUCCAAAUCCAAACCCCUCAGCAUAUUCAUAUCAGCCGCCCCCGCCACCAUGGGACAGGUAUUACCCACCGUACGAAGCCGGCAGGAACCAUGAAGGAGGCGGAGCAGGCCAGUAUACCUAUCUUCCCCCGCCGCCCAGUCCCCCCGAAGAUUCAGUACCGCCUCCCAGACGCCGCGUAUCGCCUCCACCACCAGGACAGUCCCAAAGGGGUCACGGAAACCGCCCGGUAGGCGUGCUCAAGUGCAGUAGCUGCAAGGCAACUAGUAGCCCCGAAUGGCGCAAGGGACCCAGUGGCAGGAAAGAGUUGUGCAAUGCGUGCGUAGAUCUUUCACCCCCUUUUUUUGGGCCUUGGUCUCUGACUCCUUUUUUUGUUUAUCUUUUUUUUUUCUAAUUGUAGCUGCGGUCUCCGCUACGCCCGCUCCCGCGCUAAAAAGGAGGGUAGUGUUCCGAGCUCCUCGCAACACCACAAGUCUUCUGGUAAUGGGAGGAAGGAGAAGAGUUCGUUGUCGCUUAAUGUUGUCAAGAGGGAGCGUGAACAGAACUCGGCGACGCCUCCGCGGUCUGCUGGGUCGUCUGUGGCGUCGAGUUAUGACUAUGGUGGUGCACCGGGGUAUGACUACUAUCGUUCUUAUCGCAACGGUGGAGGAAGCGGUGGGAGCUCGCCUG